AUGCCCAGAGUUCGCACGGUCCUCGGCCUCCUGGCGGCUUUGGCGGCCUGUGGCGCCGUCGCCUUCCUGGGCUACUGUGUUUACUUCGACCGGAAGCGGCGUGGCGACCCCGCGUUCAGGCGCCGCCUGCGGGACAAAAGAAGAGCCCAGCAGCGGAAGGCUGAGGGACCGGGCGCCCAGUUGUGGGAUCCAGCAAAGAAUGAAAAAUUGCAAGAACUUUUUUUGCAAGAGAUACGAAUGGGACAACUUUGGUUAUCCAGAGGAGAGUGUCAGUUGGGGAUUGAACAUCUCAGCACUGCCCUUUUAGUGUGUGGACAACCACAGGAACUUCUGAAGGUUUUCAAACACACACUCCCUCCUCAGGUAUUUGAGAUGCUGUUGCACAAAAUUCCCCUUAUUUGCCAGAGUCGGAGCUGAAAAAGCCAGCAAUCUGCAAAUGCCAAUGGGCACAGUCAAAACCCCCAUCUCUCCAAAGCUGGCCCUCUCUAGCCAAAGGGCCAGGAAAGGGGAAGCCUGUAAGAUAGAAAACUUUUAAACAAUAACUGUAUACUCCAGGCAAACAAAAACACGGUGGCUUGCAUCCCACAUCUACCACAUCACCAUAAGCCAACUGAGGAGCCUAGAUUUCCACCCUCACUAAGCUGUAAUGAGGCACUAAGUCCCCCAAACUUCACAGAAGGGAGAUUAGGAAGCAAGGACUUUCAUCCUUACUGGGUUUUAAUGACGGGUCCCCCAUCCCCAAUAAGUGUCAGUGGAAACAACACGAGGAACCUGGACUUCUACUUCAAUGGCAGUAAUCAGGUACCCUUCUCUCUCCCCUCUGGGCGGUAUCAAAGGAGGUCUCUUUGAGAUUCAAGGCUUGCAUUACUGUCCAUUGGUAAUUAGCUCAUUGUACCCUCUUCCAGUGUCAGUGGAGACCAUGUGGGGAGCAGUAAUGAGGCACUCCAGUCCCUCCGAGCCAGGGUGAUGCCAGUGGAGGCCUGCUGGACAGCUAUAACUCCUACUCUUGCUCAGCAGUACCGAGGAGCACACCACCUCCAUACACCUUAAGUGACAGAGUCAGGGCCCCUGCAUUUCUUUCCUACAUCUACUAGUAAUGAGGCAGCAUGCCCCCUCCCCUACUUCUGCUAAUGGAGCAGUGGCAAAAGGAGCCAGCUAGAGAAGAAGGUUUACCAAGAUCUAGAGCCUCAUAAUACAGUAUGCAAAAUGUCUAAGUU